CCUGUUGUCACUAUCAACUUCUAACAAAAUGACAAGUGACAAUCCAAACCAAAGUCAACCAAAUGAAAUAUGUCAACAAGAAGGAUAAAUAUUUAUAAAUUAUAUUAUUAAUUUUUUUGUUCUGGUAAAAAAGAUGGCCAAUGGACCAACAAGAGGUGUCUGGCGAAUAGUGUUACAAAAUUUCAUUAAUUCUUUUAGACCACGGCAAAUACAAGGGAAUAAUGUGGGUAAAGACUAUAUUGGAAAUGUAUAUUUUGAGAUUCCAGCCGAUGCCAGUAGGGGCAAAAGGAAGCCCACACGUUGGUACGACCCACCAAAGGGACUGGACUUUCAGGAUCCUAUACCAGCUGAAUGGGAAGCUUGGUUAAGGAUGAGAAGGCCUGAACCACCCACUGAAGAAGAAAUAGCAAAAAACAUAGCUGUAGCUAAGUUAAAGAAGAUUAAUGCAGCUAAAAUAGAAGAAAAGAGGUUGACAGAAGGAGGAUCACUCCCAGCUCCACCUCUGAGGGGCGCAGAGUCAUUCCCCAAAUACGAGGAGUACCAUACUGGACAUCCAGAUGACCACCCCAAACAUAAAUCGGAUAUGUGAAUAGAUUUAGCACAACUUUAGCCAGUUUGUAAAUAUGUUGUUUUAGUUUUUAUUAAAGAAAUUAAAUUAUUUUUACGUUAAA